GUGUGUGGGAUGGGGCAAGAGACAUGUGGAGACGACACGGAUAGACAACACAGACAGACAGCUGACGGGGUGAGAGAGACAACGGAGACGCUGAGAGACACUGACAGUGAGAGACACGCAGUCACUGAGAGACACUGACAGAGAGACACGGAGAUACGCACAGAGACAUUCGCUCAUCGGCUGGUCAGUCGCCUCCUCAUCACCCUUCUAUCGCUGCUACCGUGGGCUUGGCUUCGACCCCCGUGAGCUCUGCUCACCGAUUGAGGUCGUGUCGUCCCCACACUCCGUCGUUCGACCACCCGACUUCUUGCCCGUCCGUCCCCCGGCACUUCCGAUUCACACGGUUGGCUAUGUGCGGUGCGAAAGAAGCUCUUAACAGCAACAACAAUAAUAACCUCGCUUAAUUCAAGGAGCCGUGUUACAACUCCGUGAUAGUUCAGAUGGCUUCGUGUGUGAAAUCGCCAUCGAUGAAACCCGUGAAUGAAGAGAACGCAAGCAUCGAGAUGUUUCCCGACUUGACGGUUAAACACGAAGAUGCAGAUGCCGGGACAGUUGUGAAGCAAGAAGAUGAAGAGAGUCUGGGCACUGAUAUACUGAGGAUUAUCGUGAAAACGGAAGUCGAGGAAGAUGUUACGGAUCCAAAUUCUUUUCAAGUUGAAGAUGCCAGUGAGAGACCGGAGGAAACGGGGGAUUCCCAUGGGCAUGCCGACAAUCCAGAUCAAAAUUUCAUCGAGGUGGAGUUAUCGGACGGGGACGUAUGUGAUGAUGAAUCAGAAAGAAGGGGGCUUCUGUGCAAGGCGUGCGGGAAGGGCGGUUCCUCCGGAGCGAAAACGGACAAAGCGAGAUGCAGCGGACCGAGUUCACGAACCUGCAGGCGAUGCGGGAAGUCACUUGAAGGCGGCGCGCCGCGUGUGGCGACCGUCGCCGCCGGCGGGAGGAGGCACACGUGCAAAGAGUGUGGCAAGGCGUUCUCUACGCGUUCUAAUUUAAACACGCAUUCCAGAACGCACAGUGGAGGGCGACCACACGUGUGCACGGAGUGUGGGAAGGGAUUCUCAACGCACGCCAGUCUGGAGACGCACUUGAGACUGCACAGGGGCGAGAAGCCGCACGUGUGCAAAGAAUGCGGGAAGGGCUUUGCGCACCGUUCCAAUCUGGGGAAACACGCAAAAACGCACGCUGGCGAGUUGCCGUACGUGUGCAAAGAUUGCGGGAAGGGGUUCACGUGGCGCGAGUGUUUGAGGGUGCAUUCUGUCAUGCACACGGGUCAGUGGCCGCACCUGUGCAAGGCGUGCGGGAAGGGCUUCGCGCAGCGGUCCGACCUAGAGAGGCACGCGAGGACGCACACGGGAGAGAAGCCGCAUGUGUGCAAGGAGUGCGGGAAGGGCUUCGCACAGCGCUCCGACCUGGAAAGGCAUGCAAGGACGCACACGGGCGAGUGGCCGCACGUGUGCAAGGAGUGUGAGAAGGGAUUCGCAAAGCGUUCCGACUUGGAGAGGCACACGAGAGCGCACACCGGCGAGAAGCUGCACGUUUGCAAGGAGUGCGGGAAGGGCUUUACGCGGAUCUACACUUUAAAGAGUCACGCAAUAACGCAUACUCCGGGGUGCAAACCUUGAGUCCGAGUUCUGUCUCCAUUGAUGUAUGUAUUUACGUAUGUGGAACUUCUUUCGCACCGUGCGUAGCCAACCGUGCUAAUCGGAUGUGCGGGUAAGAGUGGUGAAUCUUAUUUGUUUGUAUAAUACCGUUGUCCAACUGUGUCCUGUUAACUAUACGUAAUGAGAAUGGAAUGAUUGAUUCCCUUGAGAGGCAUGUGCAGAGCCGUACCUAGGAUACACGGCAAAUCGGGGCAACUGCCCCAGGCCCUGCGCUUUGGGGGCCCCCCACCCCCAUGGAUGGCCCUAUGCGCUGGUAACUCUCAAUUAUCAAAGGGUGCAUUAUCCGAGUCGCACAUUUACACAUUAUAAGUGCGUUGGUUUUACGAGCCGCUCCGCAACUCGUCGCGGGCCUAUUAUUCACUGCCCACGUGACCGCACAAUAUUUAUGCAGAUAAACUGAUUAAGAAACAAUAAAAAUGUUAAUGCCAAAUAUUA